AAACCUCCGUUCAUUCUUUCGUGCAGCUGGCUAACCUCGGGGUUUCCUUCAUCCCUCAUUUUCCAGCGGUGCUCUCCACCAUUUCCGACAGACCCUUCAAGAAAAGAAUUUUCCUCUCUACAGAAUGAACCUGGCGCGAAUUUUCACGUCAAGCGUGAUACCGCGAGUGGCCUGCGUUCUGGCGAGCAGCGGCCAGUUCGCCCAGAGCCGGUGCGCCCACCUUUUGGCCCAGGCGCGGCAGCCGCUUCCCUCCCUGCUGCAGCUUCCGGCGGGCAGCAACCUGCUGGCGGUGCCCAGCUGCGGCCUCAAGCAGAAGGGCGCGCUGAAGAGACGCUGCAAGGACUGCUACUUCGUGUACAGGGACGGCCGCAAGUACGUCAUGUGCAAGAGCAAGCCAAGGCACAAGGCGGCCGCGUUCGCGCCCAGGGAAAAAUUCACCUGGGUCCUGUCCCCAGGGCCCAUGCAGUGCAAGCAACGCCCUUGGUAGAAGGACAAUCGGAUUGUUUUUUAGUGAGUUAGAAGAAGAAUGAAUGGAUUUGUAAAUAUUUAUUAGCACGUUUUAGUGAAGUGAGGGGGGCGU